CCAGCGCAUAAGCAUACUCAGAGCAUAUCAAUAAUAAUUUCCUUGAUUAAUCUGUCAGUUGUAAAUAAUGCGAUAAUUUCGCAGUUUCAAUGGGUGUUGUCGACAACGCAAAGCCCGGCCAUUCAAAAAUGGAGCGGCCAGAGCAGCACUACAUAUUUAAUGAAGAGGAUCUACCUUAUGAGGAAGAGAUCUUGAGGAAUCCAUACUCUGUCAAACACUGGCAGCGAUACAUUGACCACUUGAGAACUACAAAGAGUCCAAACUUGAAUAUUGUUUACGAGCGAGCGCUGAAAGAGCUGCCUGGAAGUUAUAAAUUAUGGUACAACUAUCUGAAAAACAGAGUUAAGCAGCUGAAGGGUCGAUGCAUCACGGAUUCUCUUUUCGAAGUCGUAAAUAACACAUUUGAAAGAGCUCUGGUGUUUAUGCACAAAAUGCCGCGUAUUUGGAUGGAUUAUUGUGCACUGAUGACAGAUCAAGGCUACGUCACGCGUACGCGACAUGUCUUUGACCGCGCUCUCAGAGCUCUUCCCAUCACUCAGCAUCACAGAGUAUGGCCACUGUACAUCGAGUUUGUUAAGCAGCACGAAGUCCAUGAGACUGCGGUUAGAGUGUUUAGAAGAUAUCUAAAGCUUGCACCAGAAGAAACUGAAGAGUACAUUGAUUAUUUGAUAUCAAUCGAAAGAUUGGACGAAGCAGCCAUGAAAUUAACUUACAUAGUUAAUCAGAAUGAUUUUGUAUCAAAACAUGGAAAAUCCAAGCACCAGUUGUGGAACGAACUUUGCGAUUUGAUAUCAAAGAAUCCUACAAAAAUUAAAUCUCUUAAUGUCGAUGCUAUUAUCAGAGGAGGUUUGAGACGUUACACGGAUCAAGCUGGUCCACUGUGGAACGCCUUGGCAGAUUAUUAUGUUAGAAGUGGUCUUUUCGAACGGGCCCGAGAUAUUUAUGAAGAAGCUGUUCAAACUGUGGCUACUGUAAGGGAUUUUUCUCAAGUUUUCGAUGCUUAUGCACAGUUUGAAGAACUCAGUCUUAAAAAAAGGAUGGAAGAGGCUGCUGACAACCCUACAGAAGAUGAUGAUAUUGAUUUGGACUUGAGAUUAGCAAGGUUUGAAAAUCUAAUGGAAAGGAGAUUAUUAUUAUUGAACUCCGUGUCGUUAAGGCAAAACCCUCACAACGUACUAGACUGGCAUAAGAGAGUAGAAUUAUAUGAAGGCCGACCUCGUGAUAUCAUACAUACAUACACAGAAGCCGUGCAAAUAGUUAAACCACAGAUAGCGGUUGGUAAAUUGCACAGUUUAUGGGUGGCCUUUGCAAAGUUUUAUGAAAAAAAUGAACAAAUAUCCGAUGCCAGAACCGUAUUUGAGAAAGCAGUGCUCGUUCCAUACAUGAAAGUCGAUGAUUUAGCUUCGGUUUGGUGUGAGUGGGCUGAAAUGGAAAUAAGGCAUGGAAAUUACAAAGAUGCUCUGAAGCUCAUGCAUCGUGCCACGGUUAUGCCAUCAAGAAAAGUUGCUUAUCAUGAUGAAACCGAAACUGUACAGAUGCGGUUGUACAAGUCUCUGAAGGUUUGGUCCAUGUAUGCCGACCUUGAAGAGAGUUUUGGAACGUUCAAGACCUGCAAAGCUGUGUAUGAUAAAAUAAUAGAUUUGAAAAUCGCUACACCACAAAUCAUUAUAAAUUAUGGUUUAUUCCUGGAGGAAAACAAUUACUUUGAAGAAGCGUUUAGAGCUUACGAAAAAGGUAUUGCGUUGUUCAAGUGGCCAAAUGUGUUUGAUAUUUGGAAUACUUAUUUAACUAAAUUCCUAAAACGGUAUGGUGGAUCAAAAUUGGAGAGAACACGUGACUUAUUUGAGCAGUGUUUGGAACACUGUCCAGCAAAGUAUGCAAAAGCUUUGUACCUUCUUUACGCUAAAUUGGAAGAGGAACAUGGUUUAUCUAGACACGCUAUGGCUGUUUAUGAAAGGGCAACUAGUGCUGUUUUGCCAGAAGAAAAAUUCGAGAUGUUCAAUAUUUAUAUCAAGAAAGCGGCCGAUAUCUAUGGCGUUCCAAAAACGAGAGAAAUUUACGAAAAGGCUAUUGAAGUUCUUAAUGAAGAGAGCACUCGCGAGAUGUGCCUGCGCUUUGCAGAAAUGGAAACAAAACUCGGUGAAGUGGACAGAGCCAGAGCUAUUUACGCACAUUGCAGUCAAAUUUGCGAUCCCAGGGUAACUGCCAACUUCUGGCAAAUUUGGAAAGAGUUCGAAGUCAGCCAUGGUAACGAAGAUACGAUGCGUGAAAUGCUGAGGAUAAAGCGCAGUGUUCAGGCAUUGUACAAUACACAAGUUAACAUGAUGUCAGCCCAGAUGCUGAGUAGCGCUACCAGCCAGGUAAAUGAUACUUUGGACGCCAUGAAAAUUCUGGACAAUAAGGCUGCAGAGACCGCUGCACAACCCGAGAUCCAGCGUUCUGCUCACACGAUUAAUUUCGUACGUGGAGCCACUGAAGGUGGUAAGGAUGACAAACGUGUCAUGAAUCCCGAUGAGAUCGAUAUUGAUAUGGAUACAGAUGACGAUGACGAGGAGAAUGGAAGUGAGAACGGAGACGCAGAAGAGCUUCCGAUUGAGAAGCAGCAUGUUCCAGCACAAGUUUUUGGAAGCUUAAAGAGUAAAGAUGACGACGACGACGAAUAAUUCUCGUUAUUUUUGUAAAUAAAUUGAAUGAAAUUAACUGUAAAUAUU